AUGAGUGUCGUCGGUGUCGAUUUCGGCUCGCUCAACACCGUCAUCGCCGUCGCGAGGAAUCGGGGUGUCGAUGUGAUCACCAACGAAGUUUCCAACCGGGCGACCCCGUCCCUUGUUGGUUUCGGGCCCAAGUCUCGUUAUCUCGGUGAGCCCGCAAAGACGCAGGAGAUCUCCAACCUGAAGAACACAGUUGGCUGCCUGAAGCGUCUCGUGGGGCGCUCGUUCAAGGAUCCCGAUGUCCAGAUCGAGCAGAAGUAUGUGUCCGCGCAGCUGGUCGAUAUUAACGGCCAGGUCGGUGCUGAGGUGAACUACCUCGGCCAGAAGGAGCAGUUCACCGCGACACAACUUGUCGCUAUGUUCCUCAGCAAGAUCAAGCAGACCACUGCUGCUGAGCUAAAGCUCGACGUACAAGAUAUUGUCAUGAGCGUACCCACCUGGUUCACCGAUGCGCAGCGCCGGGCCCUUAUCGAUGCCGCUGAGAUUGCCGGCCUCCGUCUCCUUCGCCUCAUCAACGAUACAACAGCUGCCGCUCUUGGUUACGGUAUCACGAAGCUUGACCUUCCUGCCGCCGACGAGAAACCGCGCCGCGUUGCUUUUGUCGAUGUCGGGUAUAGUGACUACAGCUGCUCCAUCGUCGAGUUCAAGAAAGGUGAGCUCGCCGUCAAGGGCAACGCCUAUGAUCGCCACUUUGGUGGUCGUGACUUCGAUCGCGCCAUCGUCGAGCACCUCCAGAAGGAAUUUCUCGGCAAGUACAAGAUCGACAUCUUCACCAACCCCAAGGCCCUGACUCGCGUCUACGCCGCGGCCGAAAAGCUCAAGAAGGUCCUCUCUGCCAACCAGCAGGGGCCCCUUAACAUCGAGUCGCUCAUGAACGACGUUGAUGUCCGUGCUAUGAUCACCCGUCAGGAGUUUGAAGCUUUGGUUGAGCCUCUGUUCGGCCGUGUCAACGCCAUUCUAGAGCAGGCUCUUGCUGAAGCCAAGUUGAACAAGGAGGACAUUGACAUCAUUGAAGUGGUGGGUGGCGGUAGCCGUGUGCCAGCCAUCAAGGAGCGCAUCACAGCUUUCUUUGGCAAGCAGCUCUCUUUCACCCUCAACCAAGACGAGGCCAUUGCACGAGGUUGCGCCUUCAGCUGUGCGAUUUUGUCUCCCGUCUUCAAGGUCCGCGAUUUCGCCGUCCAGGAUAUCAUUAGCUACCCGAUUGAAUUUGCCUGGGAGAAGGAUGCCGACAUUCCCGAUGAGGACACCAGCCUCACCGUGUUUAACAAGGGCAAUGUGAUGCCGUCGACUAAGAUCCUCACCUUCUACCGCAAGCAGCCGUUCGACUUGGAGGCUAGAUACGCCAAGCCCGAAGGCCUGCCGGGCAAGACAUCCCCUUUCAUCGGCCGCUUUUCUGUCAAGGGCGUCAAGCCGACCGGUGGCCCCGAGGAGUUCAUGAUCUGCAAGCUUAAGGCUCGCGUUAACAUUCACGGCGUUUUGAACGUUGAGAGCGGUUACUAUGUUGAGGAUCAAGAAGUCGAAGAGGAGAUCAAGGAGGAGAACGGUGAGAAGAAGGAGGCUGAUGCCGCAGGGGAGAGUGAAGUGGGAGAAACCAGGGAUUCGUCUCGGCGGACCGUGAAACGCCGCAAGACGAAUGAACUGGCCCCCACUGGCCCUGGUGGAAUACAACUAACCCCUGAGUCACCCCAAAAGGCCAUGGAUACGGAUUCCAAGGACGAGAAGCCCAAGACUCGCAAGGUCAAGAAGCAGGUUCGCAAGGGCGAACUGCCCAUCGUCAGCGCCACCCAGUCCCUCGAGAUCUCCGCGAAGAAUGCCGUCACCGAGAAGGAAGCUUCCAUGGUCAUGGAAGACAAGCUUGUUGCCGACACCGAGGAGAAGAAGAAUGAGCUCGAGACGUACAUCUACGACCUCCGCAACAAGCUAGAUGACCAAUACGCCGGUCUCGCCAGCGACGAGGAGAAGGAGAAGAUCCGUGAGAAGCUCAUGGCCUCCGAGGAUUGGCUCUACGAGGAGGGCGAGGACACCACCAAGGCUGUCUACAUUGCAAAGAUGGAUGAGAUCCGCGCCCUGGCCGGCCCAGUCGUCCAGCGCCACUUUGAGAAGGUUGAGGCGGAGCGCCAGGCAGUACAGGCCAAGCUUGAAGCCGAGCGGGCAAAGAAGGCCGCCGAAGCCGAGGCCCGUCGGGCGGCUGAGGCUGCCGAGAAAGCUCAACAGGAGGCUGCUAACGGGGGCUCGAAGGACGAGGAUAUGACUGACGCCGACGCACCGAAGGCCGAGGUUGAGGAGGCUGGCGACCCGUAA